AUCUCGUUACCUACCGAGACGAUUUAAAGAGCAUUGGGUAUUUCUAGUUAACUCGAAAGGUCAAUUUUAUUAAAAACGAAAAAAUCUCGAAAGGUCAAAUGAUAAUGUGGCGAAACCUGAGGCAACAUAGAAGAUGACUCAUCAGGCUUCAUCUCUGUGGCUAAAUAAGUUGACCACAAUAAUAGCCCGACAGCUCAGAGUGUCACAAGAUUUGCCAGUAAUAAUCGGACCAAUCAAAUUAAAAAUUGAAGUUAUUUUGACCUAUGAUGAGAUAAGACCCCAUGCUAUAUAUAUGCAUGUGCAUGGCAAGUUGAAACAAGCAGAUUAACCAAAGAAGAAGAAAACAAAAACUCAAAAACACAAAAGAUGGCAAAUAUGAUCGUUCAGGAACAAUUCAGAUCUACAAGUUUACCUUCAAGAUCACAUCCAAGCACGUUUGGUAUCGAAGGAACUCUUAGUAAGGUAGAAACGAUAAAUGCCACGACGAGUUCGUCCGAAUCGAUCUUGAUGGGCUUGGCUAGUUUGGAGGAGCUCUACGACUGUGUGGAGGAGUUUCUGAAGAUGGGUUCGACACAACGUGUUAUGUCUUCAGAUGGAUCGGAGUUCGUGGAGGAGAUGCUCGAUGGGUCACUGAGACUAAUGGAUACAUGCAGCGUCUCGAAGGACCUCAUGGUGGAGACUCAGGAGCAUGUUCGUGAUCUUCAAUCAUGUGUUAGAAGAAAGAAAGUAGCCGGAGGAGGAGGAGAUCAACUCGAUGUCGCUGUCUCAAGCUAUGUCGGACUUAGAAAAAACAUGAGAAAAGAAGCUAAGAAGCUUCUAGGAUCCUUGAAGAAAAUUGAUGGUGGGUCAAGUUCAUAUGAUAAUGAACAUCUUGUGGCGGUAAUAGAUGUGAUGAGACGAGUAGUUUCGGUUAGUGUCGUGGUGUUGAAGUCGUUAUUAGUGUUCUUGCCCGGGACACAAAGUAACAUGAAGACCAAGUUGGCUUCGUUACUAGUUAAGAAGAAGUAUAAUCAUGAUGCGACCUGCAAGAACGAGUUGGAGACAUUGGAUUACGCUAUUUGCGAAGACUUCAGCUCUCAUGAUGAUCUACAAAAGAAGCUUGUGGAGGUUGAGGUGUGCAUUGGUGGGUUCGAGAAGAGUUUAGAAGGGUUAUUUCGAAGGUUAAUAAGAACACGAGCCUCUCUUCUCAACAUAAUCUCUCACUAGGUUUUACAAGUAUACAUUCGUGGGCAUUCUAUUUUAGAGAACUUGCCUGAGGCAUGCAUUGUAAAAGCAUAGAAAGAUUUUUGUACACUCAUUAAAUUGAUAAAUGUAGAGAAAAUUUAUAAAAUAGAACCAACAUUGGUGUUAUAAACCCAUAGAUGUUACGAAUUUUGAGACAUUCACAUUCACUAUUUGCUAUUUAGUUGGGCCUAACUGAUAUAGAUAUGAGCACAAGUAUGUGGCGUGGACCAAACAUAUAUGCAACAGAACACUCUUGAUAUUUUCUUUCACUUGCUUCCUCAUCUAAAACGCAAUUUGCAUGAGCCCAAUCAUAUUAUCCACACCUUCCAAACAUAGCAGAUAUGUAUAAUUGUAUCGUCAAUAUAAUCAUAAUAAUAUAAUUAUAGGUUUUACGUGAUUUACGUUACUUUUAUCAAAAGAUAUCAUUAAUCAAAUCUGUACCAGACUACACUCUACACAUAUCUGGAUUCGUAUCAUAAUAUACGUCAUACUUCAUUACGAAUUUUAUAUAAUCAGGAAAAAUUUAAUAAUAUCUUUAAAAAAUUUAAAUGUUGGUAUAGCUAAAUCACUCAUUCUUUCGUCAUCCAUUGUAUCAAAAGUGCCUUCACUUAAAUUAAUUUAUAUACAUACAUAUUGAUUCUUAAAGAGAAACUAAAGAUUCACAAAUUCAAACCAAAAGGCUUAAAGACUCUAAACCUGAUCAACAGAAAACCUAAUGGACACGCCUAAAUUCAUGGUAACGUAAUUGGUGGUGAGGUGUGACGGUGUUACUUAAGGGAGGCAUCGUCCAUUGCGUGGGACCAAAGCAUCCAUGCAAUAGCAUAUCCACAUAUAUAUCAUUUAAUA